AUGAAAGGCUUAAAACAGAUGGACUUUAAGGCUCCUCCCAGUACUGAUGACUCUCACCAUGAGAGGAAACCAGGGAUAGAGAGCAAUGGGCCCCAGAAGUGCUCACCCCCUGGGGGCACGUAUCGUCACAUCACUCUGCAGGCCCUACUGUGGGCCCACGAGCAGCCUCAUACCUGCCCUCUGACCUCAGGUCCUCUUUUCUGUAUUACAGAUUUAAAACUCCAGAAUAUUGACUGGCAGAAGACCUCCAACCGGCAGGCGCAUCACACAGACAAAUACUACAGCCAGGAUCUCAUCUUGCGAAGAGGUCAAUCGUUCAAAUUUUUGUUGACCUUGAAUGCACCUCUCAGACCUGGAGACAACCUGGGGUUCAUAGUCUUUACAGGGCCCUAUCCCUCAGAGUCAGCCAGAACAAAGGCUGUGUUUCCACUCUCUAAUGGGACAAGAGGUGACAGCUGGAGUGCCCAGCUCGUGUCCCAGAACAACAACACUCUGACCAUCUCCAUCUUCAGUCCUGCCAAUGCACCCAUAGGAUGGUACACACUGAACAUUCAGAUCAACAAUUAUACUCUGAAACUUGGGAUGUUCAUACUGCUCUUUAACCCCUGGUUGCAAGCGGAUGGUGUCUUUAUGAGUAACCAGGCUGAGAGAGAGGAGUACGUUCAGGAAGAUGCCGGUGUUAUUUUUGUGGGAAGCACAGAUCGAAUUAGUAUGGUUGGCUGGAACUUCGGACAGUUUGAAGGAGACAUUCUGAACAUUUGUCUCUCGAUCCUGGAUAACAGUCUGAAUUUCCGCCGUGACCCUGCUACUGAUGUGGCCCGCAGAAGUGACCCCAAAUAUAUUGGCCGGGUGCUUAGUGCAAUGAUCAAUAGCAAUGAUGAUAACGGUGUGCUUGCUGGGAAUUGGAGUGGCAGCUACACAGGUGGCCGGGACCCCAGGAACUGGAACGGCAGUGUGGAGAUUCUCAAGGAGUGGAAGUCAUCUGGCUUCAGGCCAGUCCGAUAUGGCCAGUGCUGGGUCUUUGCUGGGACGCUGAAUACAGUGCUGCGGUCUUUUGGGAUUCCCUCCCGGGUGAUCACCAACUUCAGCUCAGCUCAUGACACAGAUCGAAACCUCAGUGUGGAUGUGUACUACGACCCUAUGGGAAAUCCACUGGACAAAAGCAGUGAUAGCAUAUGGAAUUUCCACGUCUGGAAUGAAGCCUGGUUUGUGCGGAAUGACCUGGGCUCUUCGUACAAUGGAUGGCAGGUUCUGGAUGCCACCCCCCAGGAGAGGAGCCAAGGGGUGUUCCAGUGCGGCCCCGCUUCGGUUAUCGCUAUCCGAGAAGGCGAUGUGAACCUGGACUUCGACAUGCCCUUCAUCUUUGCGGAGGUUAAUGCCGACCGCAUCACCUGGAUCUACGAUGAGAAAAGCAACACCCAGAAGCAGAAUUCCGUAGCCACUUACGGUGUUGGCAAGUAUAUCAGCACCAAGGCGGUUGGCAGCUACUCUCGCAUAGAUGUCACCGAGAAGUAUAAGUACCCAGAAGGUUCCAGCCAGGAAAGAAAAGUGUUUGAAAAGGCGAAGGGAAAACUUAAACCCAACAGCUCAUUCAGCCCAACGUCUGGAGAAAACAUAGAAAAUGAGGAACGGGAGCCCAGCAUCUCUGGGAAGUUUAAGGUCAUUGGCACACCGACAGUGGGCAAAGAAGUCAACCUGGCCCUGAUACUCAAAAACCUGACGAGUGAUAUGAAGACGGUGACGGUGAACAUGACAGCCUGGACCAUCGUCUACAAUGGCACGCUUGUACAAGAAGUGUGGAAAGACUCUGUCACAAUAUCUCUGGACCCUGAAGAAGAAAUAAAUUAUCCCGUGAAGAUCACGUAUGCUCAGUAUGAGAAGUACCUGAAGGCAGACAACAUGAUCCAGACUACAGCUGUGUGCCAGGCCUCUGGUGAGGCCGAGGUGGUGGUCGAGAGGGUCGUCAUCCUGGACAACCCCACCCUGACCCUGGAGUUGCUGGACCAAGCCCAGUUGCGGAAGCCCGUGAAUGUGCAGAUGCUCUUCUCCAAUCCGCUGGAUGAGCCGGUGAAGAACUGCGUGCUGAUGGUGGAGGGGAGUGGCCUGCUGCUGGGCAGCCUCAAGAUCGAUGUGCCAACCCUGCGCCCCAAGGAGCGGUCCCGGGUGCGUUUUGAGAUCCUGCCCACACGGAGUGGCACCAAGCAGCUGGUCGCUGACUUCUCCUGCAACAAAUUCCCUGCAAUCAAGGCUAUGCUGUCUGUCGACGUGGCCGAGUGA